AUGUCUGCGCUUCCAAAAGAGCUCUACCAUGACAUCGUUUUAAGGCUACCAGUGAAAUCAUUACUCGAAUGUAGGUAUGCUGCACGUGGCUUUUUCUUCUACGGUAGUGUUCGUGAAUUUUCUUUUUCUUAUUGUUUGUUGAUCACUGAUUUGCGUUUGGUUUUGAUUUUCCAGUUGCCCUUAGAUACCAGGAACGAGAAAUUUGUAGAAUUGCAACUACCAAAAGAACCUUUGAAGAAUAACCAUUCGCUUAGGAAUGUGUGGGUGUUGGAAGGGUGUCUUAGUGCUGUGAAUGCAAUUGGGGUUCAUUCAGAAGUAUGGGUAAUGCAGACUUAUGGAGUUGGAGAAUCAUGGACUAAACGUUUUGUCAUUACCCAUUCCAGAAUUAUAAAAGAAAUGUAUUACUUGAGGCUGAUGUGGGACUUCAAGAAUGGUGAGAUUUUAUUAAUGUCGGGCAGUAAUUUAGUUUUACUUGAUGCAAUUUCUGGGAAGCCAAAACGUCUACGGAAAAUGCUUAAAGGAAUAGAGAAUUAUGUCGAAAGCCUAGUUUCACUCUAA